CUAAAAUAUUUCGACGGAGCUUUUUAAAUAUAUUUUGCAAAUAUGUUACGUUGUUACAUGUACCUUAUAUAACAGGUUUACGUGCGUUAUAGUGGCGGAAUCAAGCUUUCGUGAUAAAAAGUACAUAUAUAAAAAAACUUUCGCUUUUAGUUAGAGAUAAAAAACAAACGGGUCGCGUUGGGAUGAUUUUUAUUUCGCUCAUUCGUUGUUUUCGAAUCUUAGAAACAAUCGCAAGGUAGCAAAAAUCAAUUCGCGGGGGAAUCUGCUCGGCCUUGCAUCCUCCCUCUGUGCGUGUCGAAACCUAUUCAUUUGGUAUUUAAAGGAAAUCAAACUGUGUACGCCGUUUAAUUCCUUUUAACGUUCGGCGAAAAUUUACUGCGUUCUUUUGCGUUUAGAAACAUCUAGAUAAAAAUGUCUCCGGAAAAGUGUUUCGCGUUUUUCAUCAUCGUUUCGGUGACUGUUUGUUGGACUCGAGCGGCCCCCCAGAUCGCCAGACAGGGUCCAUUCGGAUCCAGCCGGGGCGAAGAUGAAUCGCCCCAACCGUACGAGUUUCAUUAUAACGUAGACAACCCGCAAACCGCAACCCUUUUCGGACAGAACGAAUCGAGCGAUCAGCAGGGAAGGGUUACGGGCGGUUACUACGUGCUUUUGCCGGACGGACGGAUCAUGAACGUAGAAUACACGGUCGAAGGUGAAUCCGGAUUCGUUCCCAGGAUUACUUUCAGCCCGCAGAACGCCCCGGGUGCCGUUCCCGGCAGAAGGUAGUGCGAUCCGUAGCCUAAUUUAAUUAUUUUGUAAUAUUGUCGAGCAUUGUGGCCAUUACUGUCUUUUGUAACGCAGGAACAUAAUAUAUUUUUAUGAUUUU